CCCUCCAGCCAUGGCGUCCACAUCCACAUUAAAGAUCGGCACGGCACGUACCCACCCCCCUCCAUACCCUCCCCCAUCUCACACACCUCGAGAGCAACAGGGAGCUGGAGGAGGCGCUGAUCGGGCGGCCGCCGGCUUGUUCUUGAUCCGCGUUACUUCUUGCUCGGUGCUGGAGAUCAGCUAGGCAAUGGGGCGCGGCAAGAUCGAGAUCAAGAGGAUCGAGAACUCGACGAACCGGCAGGUGACGUUCUCGAAGCGGCGUGCCGGGAUCCUCAAGAAGGCGCGCGAGAUCGGCGUCCUCUGCGACGCCGAGGUCGGCGUCGUCGUCUUCUCCAGCGCCGGCAAGCUCUGCGAAUACUGCACGCCCAAGACCACGCUGUCGAGGAUCUUGGAGAAGUACCAGACCAACUCCGGGAAGAUACUGUGGGACGAGAAGCACAAGAGCCUCAGCGCAGAGAUCGAUCGGGUCAAGAAGGAGAACGACAACAUGCAGAUCGAGCUCAGGCAUAUGAAAGGAGAGGAUCUGAACUCCCUGCAGCCCAAGGAGCUGAUCGCAAUCGAGGAGGCGCUCCACAACGGCCAGACCAACCUGCGGGACAAGAUGAUGGACCACUGGAGGAUGUACAAAAGGAAUGAGAAGACGCUGGAGGACGAGCACAAGAUGCUGGCUUUUAGGAUGCACCAGCAGGAUGUCGAGCUAAGCGGCGGCAUAAGGGAGCUGGAGCUCGGGUACCAUCACGACGACAGGGACUUCGCCACUCAGAUGCCCUUCACCUUCAGGGUGCAGCCCAGCCAUCCCAACCUGCAGGAGGACAAAUGGUGAACAGUCAGUUUGUGUUAUCCAAUUAUGUUGGUGACCACAAGUAACAGUCAACUCUGAUGAUAAUUUCAUCUGUUCCAUCACUUGGAUAAAUUAAAUUGUAUGCAAAAAAAAAUCAAUACAAAUCAAGAGAUAAUG